UUAAAAUGUAACUCAGGCACGCCCCUCCAGUUGGGUGAAGUAUCCAUGCAGUACGGAGUACCUACCCAUGCUUGUAGCUAGCUUCAGGACCAGGGAGGCGUGUGCCUGCGCCCCUGCACCUCAAUUCGUCCCAAAGAUCCUGUGGGUGUGCUCUUUCAUCCUUGUCGGUGCACGGAACAGGAGCAAGGUGGGCCGCAGCAGACUUCGUCUUGCGAACAGAGUCACGCCUGUGUGCCUCUUCAAGUUGUGUACAAACCACGUCUCCGCCGUCCACCUGCAAGCUGUGGCCUCCAUGCAGAGACGUAGGGAUUCCGGCUGGAGCGGCCUCAUCUCGAGCGCAGACUCCCGGCCAGCGAGGCUUGUCGCUAAGUACGGAUACAUAUUCACGUUGAUGCUCCAGCCCGGCCCCGCACCAGAACUUCCGCCUCAGGGUUGCUAUCAACAGUUCACCUGCCCCUUCCUUUCUCCUGCUUUAAACAGAGCAUAUAAUUGGAUAGUUUGCGGAAAGCAUUCUUGCCGCAAACCUAAUUGGCGCCUUCCCCAAGCGCGCACGCAUUCUUGUCGGCCCAACCCCGCAGGACAGCCGCAUGAACGGCCGAUCAAGGGGCCUUGGCCGAGCCCAGGCGGCCGAAGAUGUAUGGGUCUCCUCGGUUUGAGCCCUGCCUCGCGAUAACCACCACUCUGCAAGGCAAGUCUAAUACCUACGCGGCCAGCGCAGCCAUAGGGCGUGGGAAGGUGGACGUAUCCAUGGGCAGCUUGACAUUUUCAGAGAUGUCAGUGUCUGCCAGUGCCGAGAGCCUGUUGUUCGCCACCGUUCGAGGCGUGUGAUAAUAGCCAGUAAUCCGGAAAC